AAGCAUUUCGAGGACAGACAAGUUGAGAUAAACGUCUCAGAGGAUUUUCUACCGUCAUAACAAACAGACAUGGUCAACAGGUCAACAAUGCCAACAGCAGGGUGGGCCCCGUCCUUGUGGAGGGACACAUUUGUUGAGCUCCUGGAUGAUGAACUGGCACAUGGAGAUGACUGGUUUCUCAACUUUAACUACACACUGACUGAUAAAAUCAGCCAAGAGGAGAAGAAGAGAGGCUUGAAGGUCUUCCAGUCACAUACUCAUGGAAAAUUUCAGUGUCAACGUUGCCGAAGAUUUUGGUCCUCAGCCCAUGUGUCUGUGUUGUUCCAUUACCGGCUGAGGAAAAAACGUGGCAUCGUGGUCAUGCGGCCUUUUGGUCAAGCAUGUCUUGACUGUAAGGGUCGAUUUACCCUUCCUUUUUUCUCCAAGGAAGAUGUGGAAAAGGUUUUGCUAAAGCUCUUUUCCAAGAUCCGGAAGAAUUGCUAUGGGGAGCAUGACGAGGAUGACGAACCACCACCUUCAGAGAGAGUUGUGUUUACCAAACCUCAUGUGAGUGAGCUGUGUGAGGCCUGUCAGCAGGGAACCUGCAGUCAGCGUGAUGACCCAUAAUUUGUCUAGGAGAGAGUAGUUAUGAGUACAUGUGCAUGUGUGCAUUUAUACAACCUUUUGUCUUUAUUUCAUAAUGAUCUUUUAUUUCAGUCAUAAUGAUUCAGGAAGCAUAAUUGUUUUAAUCAAAUUAUUAAUCUUUCAUCUGUUUAUGAAAUGUUAUAAUUUGAUGACUUUAUUUUUUCUGACGUUAAUCUGAUUCUGUUUUGAGAUCAUUUUGAUUUAAUUAUGUUAGUCUAUUUACUUUGUUUUAUUUUGUUUUGAUCAAUGUGAAGAACUUUUUGAUUCUAUGUACGUGAUGAGUGUUAUAUAAAUAAAAUUUACUUACAAACAUGCACACAACUGGUUUCUUUUCUUUUUAUUUAUUGUGAGACAUUAUGUGGAGGUUUCCUGUUGUUUACGACUGUUAUGAUAGUCAAAAUUGUUUCAAUUGUUAAUAUUAUUGCGAUUGUUAAUGUUAGAAUUGUUGAUAAAUUUGAAUAAACAUUUAUUUUGGCAAUUA